UCUUUGUCAUCCUAACAACAGAGAGAGAUCGGAGCAACAGAGAGACAUCGGAGUAGGAGGAGCAAUGGCGAGGAUUAAGGUACAUGAGCUGAGGCAGAAGUCGAAAGAGGAGCUUUUGACUCAGCUGAAAGAUCUGAAGACGGAGCUCGCUUCUCUCCGAGUCGCCAAGGUCACUGGCGGCGCCCCCAAUAAGCUCUCCAAGAUUAAGGUGGUGAGGAUGUCAAUUGCUCAAGUGUUGACUGUGAUUUCCCAGACGCAGAAAGCCGCACUAAGGACAGCUUACAAGAACAAGAAGUACUUGCCCCUUGAUCUACGUCCUAAGAAGACCAGAGCCAUCCGCAGACGCCUCACUAAGCACCAGGCAUCUUUAAAGACAGAAAGACAGAAGAAGAGAGAGAUGUAUUUCCCUUUGAGAAAGUAUGCUAUUAAGGUUUAAUGAUUAUGGGGUAUUAUUAU